AGAGGAAUAGGAGGAAGAGGAAGAGAUGAUGUAAGCAAAAGCUGCAGAGAUGCUAACAGAGGAGUGACAGAUGAACCCAGUGUGACGGAGUCCACCCCAUCAGCCACAGACCCAGCAUCUACAUGCUAGCAGGGAGGCAACUGGAAAGAGGCUGAUGCAGCACACACACUCUGACACACACACACAGACUGAAAGCUGCAGUGGAGCUAGCUGCUGAUAGCAUGCUGCACAGGAGGCUGAUCAGCAAAAACAACGAUGUGGCAUCCGAUGCAUCUUGCUGGACGGUGCAGAUGUAGUCAGAGUUCAGUUUGAUAUUUAGCUGGAGGAGGGUGCUGAGCCAGAAGGUGUUCGUUAUGUCAAAACGGGGAAUAGGAGGGCGAGGAAAAGGAGACCGACAAGACGCUAUGGCAACACUUCAAGCAGCCAAUGAGGAACUGAGAGCCAAACUGACAGAGAUUCAGAUCGAACUCCAACAGGAAAAGAACAAGGUGAGUCGUUUGGAGAGGGAGAAGAGUCAGGAGCUGAAGGCAGAACAUAACCGUGCUACAGUCACCCUGACGGAGCUAAGGACCAAACUACAUGAAGAGAAGCAGAAAGAGCUGGCGGUUACCAGGGAGACAUUGCUACGGCAACAUGAGAUGGAGCUAAUGAGGGUCAUCAAAAUCAAAGAUGGAGAAAUACAGCGUCUGAAUGGACUGGUCCAAAAUCUCAGGGAUGGAUCCACGGACAAGGUGAGAAGCACCUUGAUAGGGGAGAUGGAGGAGGCGAAGAGGAGCUGGGAGAUGGAGCGCUGUCGCCUUCAGCAGGAGGUUCAGGAGCUGCGAGGAGCGAAGAAGCAUGCAGAUGAAACCCUGGCAUUGGCUCAGCAGGCCUGCCAGGCCCGUGCAGCAGAGCUUCGAUCGGCUCAUCACCAGCACCAAGAGGAGCUUCAUAGAACUAAAAGAGACUGUGAGAGGGAGAUCCGACGACUGAUGGAUGAGAUAAAGCUGAAGGACAGAGCAGUCAGUGUUUUGGAUAAAGCUUUGGGGCUGCAGGCUGGACAUGCCCACCGGCUCCAGUUGCAGACUCAGGCUGCUGAACAACAAAUCGCUGCCCUGAGAGAUGCUCAGAGGGUGGGGCUAAACCAUCCUGCUUCUAACUCCACCUCUAACAAUGCCCCUUUCAUUUCUCAAGAUGACCGAGAUACUCGUAGGUUUCAGCUGAAGAUUGCAGAGCUAAGUGCAGUCGUCAGGAAGCUGGAAGAUCGAAACUCUCUGCUGUCUGAAGAACGAAAUGAACUGCUGAAACGUCUGAGAGAAACAGAGAGUCAGUUUCUUCCUCUUCUUGAUAAAAACAAACGUCUGAGCAGGAAAAAUGAAGAUCUCGCUCUUGCGCUACGUCGCAUGGAUAACAAACUUCGCUUUGUGACCCAAGAGAACAUGGAGAUGGCAACUAUGAGGAGACCCAGUUCAUUAAAUGACUUGGACCGAAGCCACUCUACAAGUUACCAUGGUUACAACCAGGAUGAGAGGGAGAUGGAGUUUCUACGCCUACAGGUGGUGGAGCAGCAACAUAUCAUUGAUGACCUCUCAAAGGCUCUAGAGACGGCAGGUUAUGUAAAGAAUGUCAUCGAGCGAGACCUGUUACUGAGGUAUAGACGGCAGGAACCGGUGAGGAGGAGGAGAGCCUUCAGAGCCUGCAGGGUCAUAGAGACAUUUUAUGGUUAUGAUGAAGAGACUUCAAUGGAUUCUGAUGGAUCAUCUUUGUCCUUCCACACCGACAGAACCCCGGAUACAGAGCCUGAUGAGGCUUGUGUACGAGAGGAAGCAGAGCUUCGUUACCGCCAGCUUACUCAGGAGUAUCAGGCUCUGCAGAGAGCGUAUGCUUUGCUGGCUGAGACGUGUGGAGGAAACUAUGACGCUGAAAAGGAGAUCAAGACCAGAGAGCAGCUGCUGAAUGAAAUCAGUCUAUAUCAGAGCAGAGUGGCAGAUCUGGAAUCAGCGCUGAAACAUCAAGGAUUGGACGUGAAGUGGGUGGAGGAGAAGCAGGCGCUGUACCAGAGGAACCAGGAGCUGGUGGAGAAGGUAAAACAGAUGGAAUUUGAAGAACUGCGUCUGAGAAACGACAUUCAGGAUAUCAGAGACCAAAAUGAGCUGCUGGAGUUCAGGAUGUUAGAGCUGGAGGAGAGGGAGCGCCGCUCACCUGGUUUAAACUUCAAACAUCUAAUCUUCCCAGAAGGUCUCAGCCCCCUUCAGAUCUAUUGUGAGGCCGAGGGGGUGACGGACAUUGUCAUCAGUGAGUUGUUAAAGAAGUUGGACAUUCUGGGGGAUAACGCCAAUCUGACCAAUGAGGAGCAGGUGGUGGUGAUCCAUGCCAGGACGGUGCUCACUCUGGCUGAAAAGUGGUUGGAGUCCAUUGAAGUGUCAAAGUCAGCUCUGCAGCAGAAGAUGCUGGACAUCGAAAAUGAAAAGGAUCUCUUCAGAAAACAAAAAGGUUACCUGGAUGAAGAGCUAGACUACAGAAAGCAGUCGAUGGAUCAAGCCCACAAGAGGAUCUUGGAGCUUGAGGCCAUGUUGUUCGAGGCUCUGCAGCAGGAGGAUGCUUCCAGGACUCCGGGACUAAUGAAAGGAGGGAGUCGGUUGUCUGACAUUUUGACAGAAGACGAGAAAGACGAGUUGAGGAAAGCCAUGGAUCAGUGGAAACGAUGUGUGAUGUGUGAGCUAAGAGAAAGAGAUGCACAGAUCCUCAGAGAAAGGAUGGAACUACUUCAGCUCACACAACAGAGGAACAAGGAGCUGGAGGAAUGUAUAGAAGCACAGAAACGACAGAUCAAAGAACUCGAGGAGAAGUUUCUGUUUCUAUUUCUAUUCUUCUCUUUGGCCUUCAUCCUCUGGUCUUGAAUGCAGCAGUCCACCAGAGACCACCAGGUGAACACUCAGCAGCGUGGGGUCAGUCUGAAAUGGAACCACAGCAGCACCGCAGGAUUUUGCAGGCCUGAAACCAGCGGCAACAAAGCACAACUCUACUCUUCCUGCCGUCAGCUGAC